AUGUGGAUUAUCGACUCUAUUUGCCAAGACCAGCAAAAUGCCUUUGAUUACCUUCAUCAACUUGGGGAAAUGGAAAAGGAAGCUGAGUCAGCAGUGGACGAAGAACUCAACCGAUGGAUACACAAAAAGGAGGAACUAAUUGAAAAGAAAGAGACGUUGCUAUGUUCAAAACAAAAUAUUUGGUCUGAUAUACAUGUUGAAGAAGCUAGGGAAGAUAUACAUGAAUUAAAGAGUGCAGUUGAAUUUCUUCAGUCACUCAAACUGUAAAAGGAAACACCCAGAAAAAAAAAUGAUGUUAAAAAGGUGCAGAAAAAACCUGAUUAAAGAUCAAAGAUUGAAGUUACGCAGAUUGGGUAGUGGUCGUAAACUAGCAAUGGAUGAGGAAGAUGAAAGGAUCCUUGUAGACCAGGCGGCGUUCGCAUAACGACCGCAAAGCAGUGUGGGAGAAAAUUCAAAUUUAGUUCAUUUGCAUGUAGUCUCGCCUGGGUAAACAUCUGUCGUUUAAAAAAUUAAAUUAAAAUAUUAAAUUAAUGGGCAUAACUGGGUUAUUGCCUUUCUUAAGAGGCUUUCAAAAGCAAGUUAAGCUCUCCGAUUUUACUGGCAGAACUGUGGCCAUAGACGCUUCUUGCUGGAUACACAAGGCUUUAGCUGUGUCCAUAUCACAAAGUGGAAAUCGACAAAGGUGAGAUAUCUUUCGUGUGCUGUUUUAGAAUGUAUUAUAAAAGUACAGUUCAAAUAUGUAAAUAUGACGGGUUUUUUCAUUUUAGGUUGGCUGAUAUUUUUCGUAAGUAUUUGUUGAUUGUAAAGAGAGCCGCGAUGACAAUUUACAUUGUGUUUGAUGGGCUGUUAUUGCCAGCGAAAGCAAGUGAAGUCGAACAGAGGCAAAGGUGAGAAUAUGUGACUUGUUGACUGUUGUUGUAUUUAAAACAGAAAAAUGUUUAUUUGCACCGUGACUGGAUUGGCCAAUACUUUUGUUAACAGUGACCGAGAGGAGCGUUUACGAAAGGCAGAUAAUGCAAGCCUAUCGUCGAAAGAAGCCAACAAAUUCCGCAGCCAAGCUGCUUCCAUAACCUUCGAUGACAUAUCUACCUGUAUAGAUGUAAGUCACAUUUAAAUAUUUUUUACUUAGUCUAUUAAAAUUGUGGUGUUUUGUUGGUACUAAACACUUAUAUAUGCAUUAAGAUUGUUAUUUGUUAGCGAUUUAAUUUAAAAAUUAUUUUGAACACAAAUAUACAAUAGAUUUGUUUGGAGGAGAACGUUCGGUACGUGAUGUCACCGUACGAGGCAGACGCUCAGAUAACGUUCUUGCUAAAUAAUGGCUACGCAGAUAUGGUUAUUACAGAAGAUUCGGACCUUUUAGCUUAUGGCUGCAAGGAGGUUUGUACAGUUCAUUUCUUUGUGAUCUCCCUGGGGCAAACAGUUGUUGAUUAGGUAUUUAGAUUAAUACAUGAAUUUGACAUUUCCAUCAAAAUUUUUUGGUAAAAAAUUUUCUUGCCAGGGGCUCAUGUAUUGCACAUAUCAAUGUAAAUCCCAGGGCAUGGGAUGGGGAUUUGCCUUGAACACCUAUUACGGCCAUGGGAACUGUGAAAAUCAAUACAAGCCUGGGGUUAAAUAGUUGGUAAAAAUAUACUGUAAGCUGUUGUUAAACCCAUUGAUUGGCAGCCCUCUCCCCCUGACAAGUAAAAUGAAUUUGUCUGGUGUUAGAUAGAGUAAAAUAAUAAAGUAGGGUGAAUCUAGGUGCAUUGCCACUUAACAGGUUAACAGGGUGCAUUGGUGGACUUGAAUAACUUAGAUUCUGCACUUCACUUGGUGGAAUUAAUAUUAGAAUGUUAGGGUUUGUAAUCCAAGUGAGAAUGUAUAAAUUUUAAGACCUAACCAGGAACGACUGCGAAUAAUGCAGCACAACCAUUAAUAUUAACAUUAACAUAACCAUUAACAUUAGCAGCACUCUCCCCCUGAUAAGUAAAGUCAUCUGGCAUUAGAAAGGUUAGGGUAAAAUAACAAACUACCUAGGGUGCAUUUGGGUACAUUGCCACUUAAAUGGUUAGUAUAUAAAUAUGUAACCUAAUUUGUCUCUGGGUGGGCCUUUAUAAUACAUUGGAUUAAUGUUUGCCUUUCUACUCAUAGGAAUUAUACCCAAAAGUUUUUUUUUAUCAAAUCUCCAACCCAGUCCUGAUUUAAUAUAGUAGAUAUGUGUUAGAGGUGUGCAUUGGAUCGGAUUUGAUGUUUAUAAAACCGACAAUUGGCUAAUGUUUAAGAUCCAAUCCGAAAUUGUCUAAUCCAAUCCGAGUUUUGAUAAAGAAUUGAAGUAUCAAAGAAUAAUAAUGCAGCGACAACCACUUUGUCAUGAAUAAUUAAUUCAUUUUAUUUCCAAUCCAACUACAAAACAACUUUACAAUCCAAUAUGAAUAUUUUUGUUCCAAAAUCCGAACAAAUCCGGAUUUGGAUCGGCUUUGCACACCUCUAAUGGGUGUACAAACUGCCCUUAAAUUUUCUGUUUGCAAUAAUAUUUUGAAUAUUUUAAAGAACUGUUGUCCAAAUGUUUUCAAAGAUGUUUAAAUGUUGUAAGCAAACUUUUUUAUUUAAUUAAUUUACUUGCUUGUCUAGGUGAUAAUGAAGCUGUGUUUGAGUGGUGAAGGGCAACAUUUGUUAUUAGAUGACAUACUGGAUGGGUUAAAACUAAAUUUCCAGCAGUUUCAAAACAUGUGUAUUGUGGCUGGAUGUGAUUACCUACACAAUGUUCGAGGCAUUGGUAUCCGUGGUGCAUACAAAAUCAUUAGUUCUGGUGAUGAUAUGUUUAGUACACUUGAAAACAAAGGAGCACCCAAUAAUUACAAGGACCACUUUCAUGAAACAAAGGCUGUAUUUUCGCAUCAAACUGUUUUUGAUGUAAACACCCUUAAAACUGUGCCUCUACAUAUGUGGGAGAGCAACACAUCAACAAAAACAAAACACCUUUGUGGAAAGUAUCCUUUAUACACUUUAGCAUGUUAUGUUUGCCCAUGUGGCUGCAGAAUGGGAGUAUUAGAGGUUGGUCAAGUUAGGGGGUCAAGUUAUCAAACUAUGAUAACAUUGUAUGUGUUCACAUACAAUGUUAUCAUAGAUGCUUUUCUUUUGACUGCAAAAAAUUAAGUAAAUUUAAAUCAGUUUUAGAGACCAUUACAGGGUGGCUAAAUGAUUGCCCAAAAGAUAGAAGCAACCUUUCUUAAUUGAGUUCUACUUUUGUGGAAUUUUAUUUAGAGCUUGUUAAGUGUACACCACAACCUUAACUCUUCUAAGAUUGUUAGAUGACCAAUUCUCUAAUGAUCUGGCUGCCGGGAACAUUGAUCCCAAAAGUUGCAUCAAGAUGAAGAGCAAUCCUCUUCUUAGAAGGGUAAAGUUUUGUAAAUAUUGUGUUCCCAUAUUUACAUAAUACUCUAAUGAUUAAAAUGCACAAUUGUAUAGGUCACCUGCAAUUCUACACCAAAUGACUCUGUUGAGGAUAUGUCUCCAAAAACAAAUGGUAAGAUUGUAAAGAUUGAUUUCUUUAACAUUUUGGAUCAUACAGUGUCCUUUGAUUUGAAUGUAAAUAAAAAUCCUACCUAUUAGAUGGCAAGAUCAGCACAACAGGGCUCUUCAACAGGAUGAAAUAAAUUGACUGGCUUUAGGUCCAAUUAAAAUUAGUACUUAACAAAGUUAAUGGGUUACAUCGUACAGUUAUCUUCACAUUGAUAACAUGUUUUGCUUAUACCCAUGUAGGACAAGAAGAAAUAAAGAUACACAUAAUAAAUGUGGAGGAACAACCAUUUUCUUAUAAUAUACCAUCCUUCCCAGUCAUGUCAGUAGAUCUAUUAAAAGUACAGUACACAUGGAACGGAGUGACACACCUUGGUGUUAUAAAUGCAAAAGAACAUUCAGCGUUGAAGGUUGGAAACUAUACAUGUACGUCCCAUUGCAAGAUCAAUAUAGGAGGAGUUGACUAUUUAGUGCUUUGGGAAUUACACUGUGAUAUGGCAACUUCAUGUUCAGCUCCAAUUGACCCUCCUGGAUUUAAUUCAGUGUUUAAUGAUGAAGGUGAAACAAAUGUGCGAGAAGUUCAGGAGACUCAUUGUUUGCCAUUCAAAGUUCUUGGCACCUGUUAUUCAACUUCAAGACAGAAAGCCCUUGAAAUGGCGUUUGAUUGUAUGAAUGAGUACAACAGACCAGUGUUUGUCAAAUUGAAAGCAGAACCAACAAAUCAACAUGACAAAAAUGCAAUAGCUGUCCACAUAAUGACAAUAGAUGAUUGGGACAAAGUUGGCUACAUUGCAAGUGAGCUAACAAAAUAUUUACAUGAACCAUUAAAGGCAAAUGCGUUAGAUGUCACCGUGAAUGAAGUACGUUUCCGCACAACAUUCAUGUUAGUGGGGUACUACUUGACAAUCGAUAUAACCAAAAUGGGGUUGUGGGAUGACACAGUAAUCAAAGCAAGUUCUAAGGUUAAGUAGUUGAAAUUUAAGGUUUUCAUUGUUAUGCAAAAGGUCAGGGUUCAACCCUAGAUACAUUGCAUCAGGAUACAAGGGACUUCUUUUUAUUUACAAUAAGCAAAUUUUACGCCAACGCAACAAAUUUACUAUAUGAAACGCGACAUGACACAAAAUUUUUUUCAAGAAAGCCAUUUCAAUGUUUUUCAUACCUUGCCUAGUAAAGUAAAAUUCCACGAAG